AUGGCCUCAACCGAAAGCUCUCCCACGCUUGACAGAAAGCCAUCAGAUGAAAAGCAGGUCGGCUUCAAUGCGCCUAUAGACAUCACGGGUAUCGAUGCCCCGGCAGCCUUGGAGCCAUCUCAUGCGGCUGAGUACUUGGAGUUUCUCGAACUGAAAGAGCAUUUUGAGUCGGAUCCGAAAGCUUAUAAGGCACUUGUUCGACGACUUGACCUUAGGAUCAUUCCCAUGCUGUUUUUAUAUUACCUGUUGAACUCACUUGAUAAGUCAAAUGCCGGCAAUGUUAAGAUCUACACUUUUCUCAAAGAUACGCAUAUGACAGGUCACCAAUUCAACCUGGCUUUGACAUGGUAUUUCUUCACUUAUGCCUUUCUCGAGGCUCCUUCAAACAUGUGCAUGCGAAAAUUCGGUCCAAGACUAUGGUUAUCAGGAUUGGUUUUCUGUUGGGGAGCAGUAACACUGGGAACGGCUUGGGUGACAAGCUACCAUGGCUAUUGUGCUGCACGAGUCAUGCUUGGUGUUUUUGAGGCCGGUCUAUUUCAGGGUUUUUAUACCCUCAGCUGCUGGUAUGUCAGUGGGGAGCUUCAGACGCGAUGUGCGUAUUGGUAUUCGGCUACCAUGGUCUCCGGGGCAUUUGGAGGGCUUCUCGCUUAUGCCGUCGGUGGUUUACAAGGCCGACUGGGAUUGAAACAAUGGCAAUAUCUGUUCAUUAUUGAAGGUGCAUUAACCAUGUUCUUCGGCCUCCUCGGUUUUUGGCUGUGUGUAGACUUCCCGGAGUCCUGGUCGUCCAGAUUUUUCAAGGCAGAUGAGAUGAAAUUCCUUCAGCUCAGGGUCAAGUAUCAAGAUGGCCCGGUUUCGCCAGACGAGGGAUUCAGAUGGAGUGCAUUCUGGGAAGCAGUUAAAGACUGGAAAACCUAUUUCAUUGCCUCUUUGUUGGCAUUUGGAGGUUCCGUUCCCACAUACUCCGUCAACUACACUCUCGCAACCAUGGUCAAAUCUCUCGGCUACUCGUCUAUUAAAGCCCAAGCAUUAACAGCCCCUCCAUAUGUUUUUGCAUUCUUUUGCGUGAUCGCGAUUGCAAUAUACUCGGAUAAAUACCGCUGCCGUGCUCGCUCGCUCCUCAUUAGUUAUGCCAUCGGGACUACUGGCAUCGUGAUUCUGUGGCCAUGUUUAUACCACCAGAAUCUUGCAGGAGUAUCAUAUUUCGCCCUUUUCUUGGUCGUUGCAGGAUAUAACAUGCAGGCACCUGCAGUUGGCUCUUGGCUUGGAACAAAUGUGCGGAAUCCAGCCAAGCGGGCAGCAGCUAUGGGAUGGCAGUCUACAUUCGGUCAGCUUUUAGGUGGGACUAUUGGCGCAAAUAUUUUCAUUACCAAAGAGGCACCGACGUAUAAGUCGGGAUUUAUUAUCCUCCUCGUAUUAGUCAUAGUUGGUGGAGUUGGUGCUACCAUCGCAAAUUGGUAUUUUCUCAGGGCUUCUAAUCUCAAGAAAGACAAUAUUCCACUGGAGGAGUUGGAAGGAAAAUACACGGAACAGCAGCUUUCGGAGAUGGGAGAGCACUCUCCAUAUUUCAGAUAUAUCCUCUAA